UCCCUUACUUCGGUUGGCCACAAACAAUAAUGGCGUCGCACCGGGGAGACACAGGUGCUGCUAAGUCUGUUCCUUCUGGGGAUCAAGAAGAGAGAAAAAACACAGCUGUGUCGUUUGGCUUUACUAAAACAGUCAGCAAAUUUAAACCUUCGACUGGCGACGCCUUGAUCAAGAAAGAUGACAAAGAUUACUUGACCGGAAUUGACAGAAAUGAAUUGCAAAGUUCAAAACCAUCGGAGAAGCCCAAAGAGCUCAUCAUCCCUCUGAUCCAGAAGAACCGGUGGCACAAAGCAGACCGAGCGGGCCAGAGCGAGGGGGAUGGAGGCAAAGUACAAGAAACAGCCCAAGACGAUAACUCUGUCGAUUCUCAGGCUGUCAAAGAACUCAUUGAAGACUCCCGGAGGCAGCUUGAGCAGUGGCAGAAUGGCCCUCAGUCAGAAAACAACCUGAACCUCCGCAUCCCCCUGCUGAUGCAAAACAGAGUUCCUGAUGGCUAUGAGGAUGGAGACUGUGUGAAGGUGGACCUACGACCUGAAUCUUCAACAGAAGCAGAUUAUGAGUGCGUUCCUGUUGAGGCUUAUGGACUCGCUAUGCUCAAGGGGAUGGGCUGGACUAAAACAGAAGGUAUCGGCCGCACGUUUAAACAAGACGUGAAGCCAAUCGAACACCAGCUACGUCCGAAAGGUUUGGGUCUUGGAGCUGAUCGUUCAGCGAUCAAGGACCUGGAGCCCAGCAAACAUCAGCGUCCCCCCAAGCCUGGCGAGGAGCGAGCAAAGGACGAGGAACUGGUGAUGGGUCCAGGCGGCUGUGUGCUCGUUGAGUCAGGGGCGCAUAAAGACUUGUAUGGCAAGAUCGAAGGCGUUGAUCCAGAUAACGCUCGAGUUAUGGUGAAGCUGGCCAUCGGCGGCAAGACCGUGACACUCAGCCAGUAUGCUGUUAAACUCGUUGGGCGCAAGGAAUACGACAAAUACAGCAAAGACCUCAGUCGCCUCAGCAAAGCCCACAAGGACAAGGAAAAGGAGAAAGAACGAGAGAAGGAGCAACAGAGACGGGAGGAGAGAGAGAGGAGGAGUAAUGGUGACGAGGCAAAGCACAAGUCUUCAGACAGAGAUGGAGGAAAAGAUGAGAGGAAGAGGAAACACAGAGACUCCAGUCGAGACAGAGAGAAGCCUCCAGUGAAAGAGGCACGCCGACCGCCGCCUCCCCCCUCCUGGCUCCAGAGGGACCUGAAAGUUCGCUUCAUCGACAAAGCUUUCAAAGGAGGAAAGUACUACAACUCGAAGAUGCGCGUGGAGGACGUCCUGACGCCGACUACCUGUGUGUGUCGAACUGAAGAGGGACGACUCUUAGACGACGUGAAGCAGGACAUGUUGGAAACCAUCGUCCCGAAAAGUGAAUAUGAUUCUGUAAUGGUCGUACUGGGCGAGCACAGAGGACAGGUCGGCCGUAUUCUGCAGCGGGACAAGAACAAGUGCAGGGCGAUGGUGCAGCUCGACCGGCACGAGGAGAAAGUGUUCACGCUGGACUAUGACUGUAUUUGUCACUAUGUUGGAGCAGCAGACCACUGAUCCACGUUUUACAGAUUUUUAUCCAAUUAUUCCCCCUUUCAUCCCACCUGAAAUGUUGUCUUUGUAAUAUUCAAGAUUAAGAUUUUAAAACAAUGCAGUUUUGUAAUAAAACAUUGUCAAGAAUUUUA